AUGCUCAAUGCUCACAUCAUCUUCUUCCUGGUGAUACUCCCGUGCGCUCAUGCUCUGGAGAAGUCUGGUUCAUGCCAAAGUCGAGCGUUGCUUCAGGUGAAUGCUUCACAUGCUUCACGCGCUGUUUCAGGCGCUGUUUCGGAUUGCCCUAGCUGGUGCACGUCUGGGACCGCUCCGAUGUCCGAGUACUGCAACUGGGAGCAGUGCAGGGUCUGCCCAGGCUGCAUUUGUUCCGAUGAGUGCUCUGAGGAAAUUGCCGAAUGCAAGAAAGACACCUGUUCCACCUGCCCACAGUGCGGCUGCGCAGAGUGGUGCUACGGGAUGUGGGGGCCGUGGUGCGAUGCAAUCGAAUGCAAAGGUUGCACGGAAUGCCUGCCCACUUCCACGACAACUUCCAGGCCCUGUGCUGCCAGCAGCGAUUUGGUGGUGGCCCUGAAUCGAGGAGUGGUACGCUGCCGUGAGGACGGGUCCAACUGCACUCAAGUCGUCGGCUUCGUGGGCACACCUGGGGCCCGUAGGAUUGACGCUGGGGCUGUGGCAGUAUUCAGGAAUGGCGAUUAUCUUCUGACGACGGACAACAAGGUGAAACGGUGUCCGGGGGAUGGUUCGGGCACCUGCGUAACAGUUGCAGGCCAAGGAGGGAAAGGAAAUGGGAGCGACCAGCUUGAUGAUCCUCGGGGAGUUGCGGAAGAGAGCAGCGGCGACUUCAUCGUCGCUGACAGAGGAAACGGAAGAGUGCAGCGGUGCCCAGCUGAUGGCUCUGGGAAGUGUUCAACAGUUGCUGGUGGGAAUGGAGAGGGGCACAAGCUAAAUCAAAUGCAGCCUGGUGGCAUAGCGAUUGCGGAAGAUUCCUACCUGAUCUCGGACUUGGGCUCUAUGCGUAUACUGCAAUGCUUCCGAGCAAAGGGUUCAGAUCUCCAUGACAGAUGCGUCGCACUUGUUGCCGGGCUUUGCUCUCCGGUUGCCUUUGCGACGGCCCCCAACGGCGAAUACUUGAUCCUGGAGAGUGACAUAAGCCGUUUGGUUCAGUGUCCCUCCGGCUCCGGUCCCUGUGCCCGGGUAGCUGACACUUUCAAGAAUCCCCGAGAUCUUGCCGUGGCAGCCAAUGGAGAGGUCAUCAUCGCCGAUUACGGUCACUCGCGACUCCGGCGCUGCAAAGGCACAGGCUCCCAAUGCAGGGACGUGCACUUGGAGAACAUCAACUCCCUGGCAUGGCCUUCAUCCAUCACCUUGGUUCCCACACGUCUGGAUCCUUCUUGUAAGCAACCAAGCCCUUAA